CCUGUCUCAAGUCCUAACUUCCAACCUUUAGGAUUACUGGUGCACCACCGGAGCACCCCUCCCCCACACACCACACAGAGGCUCGGGCGCACACAUACACACGAUUUGUUGUGGUGCGGUGCGGUGCGGGAGCGCACAAGAACAGACCAAGAACAGAGAGAGAAAGGGGAGCGAACUGAAAAGGCAGAAGAGACCCAACUUUCUCCCCGCCAAGUCCACCGUUGCCGGCAAUGGCGGCCCCCUCUGAGGAGGCUAUCAAGCAGUUCUCCGCGCUAAUGGAGCAGCUGGAGGAGCCGCUCAAGACCACAUUCCAGAAUGUGCAUCAAGGAUACCCGAGGGGGACUUUGGUGCGUUUCCUAAAGGCCAGAGAAUGGAGUGUUCCCAAAGCUCAUAAAAUGCUAAUGGAUUGCUUAAAUUGGAGGAUACAGAAUGAGAUUGACAGCAUGCUAGCUAAACCCAUAGUUCCACUUGAUUUGUAUAGAGCUAUUCGGGACACGCUACUUGUUGGAUUGACGGGAUACUCCAAGCAGGGACAACCUGUUUAUGCAUUUGGUGUUGGUCUCAGUACCUUUGACAAGGCAUCGGUGAACUACUAUGUUCAGUCACACAUACAAAUGAAUGAAUAUCGAGAUCGUGUUGUCCUGCCGGCUGCAUCGAAGAAGUUCGGGAGACAGAUUAAUACCUGCUUGAAGGUUAUGGAUAUGACUGGCUUGAAGCUGUCUGCGUUGAGCCAAAUAAAGAUGUUGACCAUGAUUACAACUGUUGAUGACCUUAAUUAUCCUGAGAAAACCGAAACGUAUUACAUUGUGAAUGCUCCAUAUGUUUUUUCGGCAUGUUGGAAGGUUGUGAAGCCACUUUUACAAGAAAGAACUAAAAAGAAGAUCCAAGUCUUGUAUGGCUCCGGAAGGGAUGAGUUAUUGAAGGUUAUGGACUAUGAGUCACUUCCACACUUUUGCAAGAGAGAAGGAUCAGGUUCAUCCAACGACUCGUUCGACAGAGUUGAUUGCUACUCCUAUAAUCAUCCUUUCCACCAGCAGCUGUACAACUACGUGAAGCAGCAAUCUCUGAACCAGGGCUUUGUUGGCCCUGUAAAGCAAGGCUCGUUCCAUGUGGAUGUGCCCACACCUGAACUUGAGCCAGUCAAGAUCGCGGAGACGAUCGAAUUGGAGUUCCACAAUUUGAGGGGAGGCAACGGGCUCUCACACUCGUUCAACCGAAUCAAGAUCGAAGGUCCAUGAGGGUGCGGCGGUUCAGAGCGUGCGCUCGAGACAGCAAGCCACAGAGAUAAUCGGCUUAUCUGAGCCCCAAGAACCUAUGCAGGGGUAGUAGUACCUCUUGCUUGCAAUCACUGGCUGCAAGCUUGACUAGGAGUAGAGAGCGUAGUAUUGAACACGAUUCUAAUAACCGAGUCUGUCUUACCCAAGAUUGCUGUCAUUUCUAAUUAACCUAGCGACUAUCGUUGUAUUUUCAUGCUUAUGGCAUGGAAAUGUGAUGUUUCCAAUCAUGAAAGCCAGUUGGAGUUCUCCCAAUGUAUCCAUUUAUGUAUAUAUACCUGCCAACUCGACGGAGUGGUGCAUAUAAGGAGACUUUUGUACUGCCUGCUA